CAUGUUGGGCCGGCCCGCUGGCCGUGGGAUUCUCCGUCGAGCCUUGGCCCGCGAUGCAGGCCACAGACGUGCCGGCCCCGACACGGCGCUGCGCCGCAGAGAAAUCCCACCACUCACAACGUCGCGCGCCCCGGGCCAGCGUCACUGCCGCCCUCGCCUGUGUGCGCCGCCAGUCCCGAUUUACUGGCCGCGGGCUCGCAUCGAGGCACAAGAGUGGGCUAGCUGGUAAUCAUGCGGGUAGCCGUCGAGAAGGCAUGGGCUGAUUUCCUACCCGGCCGCGCGCUCGGGAGCUGAAGACCCCUGCGUCGGCCACGGCAGAUCUGCGAGAUCUCCAUGCUUUGGGGGCUGGGAGCGGUGGUGUUGCGCUGUUUGACGCUUGCUUAUCGCCCGUCUCUCCAGGCGAGGGUACCACGCGGGACGUGACACUGCUCGGGUGCGUGUAGCUCAUAGGAGGACAGGGCAGGCUUUUAUCCGCCCUGCACUGGCUGGCCGGUCCAGGUUUCAACCAAAUUCCUCAACCUCCUGCACCCCAUCAAUCCCGCCUGGCCAAGCCGACAGUACACACUGCCGACAACAACAAAGAUGUAAGCUUAUUCUUGGACCUCGCCCGGGAUUCGCAUCCUCCUGGCAAAUUGCGCGACAGCACAGCCAACAGCGCUACCAGGCCACCCACCAUCACAGCGCUACUCGCGGACCAGCUCAAUGAUCGACGGCCCAUACAUGGCCUUAUUGGCAGCACGCCCCUGGCAGGCGCAGCAGGGAGGCGCGGGCCAAGAAGCUGUUGGUUCUGAAUGCCGUGCCCCCAGGCGUGGUCGCCAGGCUGGAUCCUGAAAGGCGCCGAGCCGUACAAGAGCAGCGCGACAGCCCUACCCGUUCUCUGCAUUUUCGUUUCUUUCCCCUCCUCGAUGCGGUGCAGUUGUCGCGGCGCCUCACCUCAUCCCACACAGCCCCAACCCCCCCGCACUCUUCCUCCAGCAUCCAGACCCGUCGACAGGAUGGACGUCACGACGGUCCAGCUCGCCCCGGAGCAGGCGCUACAGGCCAAGGAGCAAAUGGCCCACCUGGCGCAGCCGAUGCCCGCGCCGCAGACCAAGCUGCUCGGCAUCUGCGCCGACAAGGUCGGGCACGACGGCAUCAGCCUGGUGGUGCGCGAGACGAAACGGAGCAAGCGCUACGAGGUCCUCGAGGCCGGGACCAAGCGCAAGCUGCUGCAGAUCAAGACCAACUUCUUCACAAUGCGCAUGCGUAAGGAGGUCUGGGACGUCCAGGACAAGGACCAGCCGCGCCACCUGUUCGACAUGGCCUACGACUACUCGGGCCUCAAACGCGGAGAUCUGCUCACCUCGUUCGCCAUCCACUACCCCAAGAAGAAGAAGGACCAGAAGAAGGAGGUGCUCGACGACGACGAGUCGGAGGACCAGGACCCCGAGAAUGGGGAAAAGAUUGUCGACAUUAAAGGCAACUUUAAGCUCGUCGGCUCAAAGUCGACCGUCAAGUUCAUGAGCCCCCUGACGGGCGGGUGGGAGGAGUGUCUCGAGAUGGGUGGCAACAUGGGCGCCUUCAAGGGCGAGGUGACGGACACGACGGCCGACAAUAAGGUCGUCGCCCGGUUCGAGCGCGACUAUGGCGUCCGGGACUUCAUCCUGGCCAAGCAACAGUACAAAGUCUCGGUCGAGCCGGGCGUGGACUGGGCCUUGAUGGCGCUGCUAUGCGUGGCAAUGGACCACAGGAGCGACAGCUGGUGGGGGAAAUAGGGGCCGGGAUUCUGCUAGUAGUAAUUAAUCGAUACCUCCUUCUUGCGAAAAAUGCGUACCUCGAUAUCCUCGGCCGAGGAAGUUAUCAGGGGGCCCGAGGACGGCGGCGAAAAAGAAAAAAAAGAGAAACAUAAUGUUGUGGCGUUGCGGCCACUUGGAGGGAUGCUUGCGUCGGGA